GAUGUCUCUUCCGGGAGCCGAAACAAGCGAACAGAGACGAUGGCGGCAGCACCGGCAUACCAGGUUCAACAGCCGCACCAGCCGGCCUCGGCCGAAGAAGUGAAGACUCUCUGGAUCGGCGACUUGCAGUAUUGGGUCGACGAGUCUUAUCUCUACGGCUGCUUCGCUCACACCGGCGAGGUUAUUUCGGUGAAGAUCAUACGGAAUAAGCUUACGGGGCAGCCGGAGGGCUAUGGCUUCGUGGAGUUUAUGUCUCACGCGGCUGCUGAGAGGGUUCUGCAGACAUAUAAUGGGACUCAAAUGCCCGGGACAGAGCAAACGUUUAGGUUGAAUUGGGCAUCAUUCGGUAUGGGGGAGAGACGCGCUGAUGCUGGACCUGAGCAUUCUAUUUUCGUGGGUGAUUUGGCUCCCGAUGUUACGGACUACCUGUUGCAAGAAACUUUCCGAGCUCAUUAUCCAUCUGUUAAAGGAGCGAAGGUGGUUACUGAUCCGAGUACUGGACGCUCGAAGGGUUAUGGAUUUGUUAAAUUUGCGAACGAAACAGAAAGGGACCGUGCCAUGACAGAAAUGAAUGGCGUCUACUGUUCAACUCGGCCAAUGCGUAUCAGUGCAGCAACACCAAAGAAGACAACUGGAAUGCCUCAGCAGUAUGCUGCGGUGAAAGCUGUUUACCCGGUUUCAGCAUACGCUGCUCCACCAGUACCAGUGCUACCAGUGGAUAAUGAUGUAAAUAACACCACGAUUUUUGUGGGGAAUUUGGAUCCAAAUGUUUCGGAAGAGGAGCUGAGGCAAAUCUUUUUACAGCUUGGGGAGAUUCUAAAUGUCAAAAUUCCUGCUGGGAAGGGAUGUGGAUUUGUAGAAUUCCGAGCAAGGGCAUCUGCUGAAGAAGCCAUCCAAAGGAUGCAGGGAGCUACAAUUGGUCAACAAGUUGUUCGCAUCUCUUGGGGGCGAAGCCCAACUGCUAAACAGGACGUGCCUGGUAGCUGGGGCCAGCAAGUAGAUCCAAGUCAAUGGAGUGCUUACUAUGGCUAUGCACAAGGCUAUGAUGCGUAUUCUUAUGGUGCUUCUCAGGAUCCAUCUAUGUAUGCAUAUGGUGCUUAUGCUGGUUACAUGCAAUACCCUCAACAGGUUGAAGGUGUUCAAGAAAUGGCUAAUAUGGCAGGUGCAGUUCCUACUGCAGAACCAACUGAUCCCCUGGCUCCUCCCGAUGUUGACAAGUUAAAUGCUUCUUACCUUUCUGUUCAUGGGAACGCGAUUUUGGGCAGGCCAUUUUGGUACAGAAACUCGUACUUGUCUCAAGCUUAGGCAGUUCAGAGCGGUUCCUUGCUUACACAUUUGGUGGCUGCUCCAGAUAGAGUGGUGCUUAGGCUUCAUGAUGAGAAGUCUGCUGCUGGGGAAGAUCUUUGAGUGAUAUGCAGUAUCCGGGAGUCCUACUGUGAGAACUGGAUGAUCGGAGGACUCAAUUAUGGAACCUCUGAGCUUCAUUAAGACAUUUUUUUUCUGGCCAGAAGCUUCAUUAAGACAAUUUUUUCGAGAAAACCUUUUAUAAUAUUGGAGA